AUGCCCGAACUCCAAACGUACAAAGGCUAUUAUCUUUGGCACUACAUCCCCUCGAGGGCCGCAGCGGUUAUUUUCCUCUUGCUCUUCUUGGCGGCGACGAUAUAUCAUACCUGGAAGAUAUGGAAACUAAAGACCUAUUUCUGCAUUUGCUUUGCCAUUGGGGGCUUCUUUGAGUUCAUAGGUUACUGUGCCCGAGCAUCGGCUUACGACAAGACCGGACGUAUGAUGCCCUUUUGUAUUCAGAAUGUCUUCAUACUACUCGGUCCCGCCCUCAUGGCUGCGACGAUAUACAUGGUUUUGGGACGGGUGAUUAUCGCGGUGAAGGGUGAAAGUCGUUCACUGAUACCCGUUCGCUGGUUAACCAAGGUCUUUGUCACCGGCGAUGUCUUGUCUUUUCUGAUCCAAGGCGGUGCUGCUGGCAUGAUGGUUUCCAGUGACCUCGCUAGCAUAGGAAACAAGCUUGUUAUCUUUGGUCUGGUUGUCCAAGUCGUUUUCCUUGGGUUCUUCAUUAUCAACAUCAUGAUCUUUCAGGCCCGAAUGCAUAGAAACCCCACGCUGGAGACCUCCUCUAAUGUUUUGCGAUGGAAGUGGCACCUCAAUACUCUGUACCUAAUCAGCCUGUUGAUCCUGGUUCGGUCUGUAUUCCGGGUUGUGGAGUACAUUAUGGGCAAUGACGGAUACCUGCUACAACAUGAGUGGCCCGUAUAUGUGUUCGACGCGACUCUCAUGUGGACAGUGAUGGUGGCAUUUGCAAUCAGGUUUCCCAGUGAUGUAUGCACACACUCGCACGUCCCUGAACGGUUCAAGCUGAACGAGACGGGGGGGAUAGCAUAG